CUCAAACUACACACACCUCCUUCGUCUUCGUCUUCUUGUUCUUGUUCUGGUGCAGCAGCAGCAGGGAUAGAGAGGCAAGGAGAGUUUGUUGCUGAGAUGGGUGAGUGCAGAGGAGGAGGAGGAGGAUUAGGAGAUGGGCUGAUCAAGCUGUUCGGGAAGACGAUCCCGGUGGCGCCGGAGCCCAAGGAUGUUGAGCAGCAGAGUGGCAGCAGCAGCAGCUCGACGGAGUCGGACGUCCAACAAGCCGCGCACCAUGACGCCGCCGACCCCUCCCCGCAGUCGGAGGUGGUCGACGGCGACGACGACCCGGGCAACAAGAGCCCGGCGCAGGCGGGCGGCGGCGGCGAGGCGGCGAGCCAGCAGCAGAAGGAGGAGAUGAAGCUGAAGAAGCCGGACAAGAUCCUGCCAUGCCCGCGGUGCAGCAGCAUGGACACCAAGUUCUGCUACUUCAACAACUACAACGUCAACCAGCCCCGCCACUUCUGCAAGAACUGCCAGCGCUACUGGACCGCCGGCGGCGCCAUGCGCAACGUCCCCGUCGGCGCCGGCCGCCGCAAGAACAAGAACGCCGCCGCCGCCUCCCACUUCCUCCACCGCGUCCGCGCCUGCGCCGCCGCCAUGCCCAUGCCUCUCGCCGCCGCCGCCGCCGAAGCCGCCACCGCCGCCAACGCCACGGUCCUCAGCUUCGGCGGCGCCCACGAAGCGCCGCCGCGGCUCGACCUCGCCGCGCAGGUGGCACACCGCCUCAGCAACGCCGCCGGAUCGUGCAGCGAGCUGUCGACCAACAGGGCCGACGCGGAGAAGGCGACCGCCGCCGCCGCCACUGUACCGAAAACGGCAAACGGCGUGCAUCAUCCUCCUCCUCCAGCCAUGAACAACGGCGGCGCCAUGUGGCCGUACAGCUGCGCACCCUCUCCUCCCACCUACUACACAUCAGGCAUCGCCAUCCCGAUAUACCCGGCGGCGGCGCCGCCGUACUGGGGCUGCAUGAUCCCUCCUCCGGGAGCUUGGAGCCUCCCAUGGCCGGCCAUCCAUUCUCAGCCGCUCUCAUCACCACCCACGAGUGCACCUUCCGUCUCCUCCAUGGCGACCUCCUUCACACUAGGGAAGCACCCAAGAGACGGUGGCGACGAGGAAGGAAGGGACGACCACCACGGCAACGGCAACGGCAAGGUGUGGGCGCCAAAGACGAUCAGGAUCGACAACGCCGACGAGGUCGCCAGGAGCUCAAUCCGGUCCCUCUUCGGCUUCAACGCCGGCGGCGACAGGAAGGCGGACGACGACACCGCCGCCGCCGCCGCGCCGCACAGGCUCACCACCGUGUUCGAGCCAAAGAAGGACGCCAAGACGGCGAAGCAUCCGGUGAUCUCGAGCCUGCCGCUCCUGCACGCCAACCCGGUGGCGCUCACCCGCUCGGCGACAUUCCAGGAGGGAUCUUGAAGGCCAUCUGCUCCAAUUUUUGGUUGCUACCUUCUCUGAACUAAACAUGAACUCAGUUAGCCUGACAAAGUACUGAAUUUAUUUUCUUUCUUUGUUUUUGGUGAAUCAGAGGACUGUAUACUAGGGUAUUUGGUGGGAUUGUAUGACUUAAUGUGUACUUAUAUAGUUGUAAAAUAGGUUAGCAAUGUAAAUACUAAAUAGAAAUUAGCUGCUUGAAUAGUUAUGUAUAGCUAUUUGGGUUUGGAGCCAGGAGAUAAUAAGGCCCCUGGUUUUGUAGAUACAUAAUAAGAAAGUAGAUGGAAAUAUAUGGGUUUUGAGGUA